AUGGCGGAUGGGAUGCUACGAUCACCCACCUUUUUGGUGGGCGCAGAAAGGCAGCGGAAGAACUUGGAUGAGUUCCAACGGCGAGAGCAGCAGCUGGCUGAAGCCUAUCACAAGAACAAGCCCUUGUGCUUCAAUGCCAGCUCGUUUCAAAAAACGCAUCCUGUCAAGGCACAGAAAGGCCACAACGAUGCGGAUGCCUGUUUGACAGCGCCCUUGGUGCUGGGAGUGGCGGAUGGCGUGAGCCAAAUCGAGGAAUUUGGGAUCGACGCCUCGCUGCUUCCCAACGAGCUGCUCAAGGUGGUGCAGCAAUUGGGCAUGCACCAGCUGAUUCCGGGCGCAAAGUUGCCUACGGCGGACACCUAUCGGGGGCCGGUGUCCAUGCUGCGGCGUGCUUUUCAAGCCACGGAACAUCUGGGAUCUUUGACAGUGGUCUUAGCAGUCAUGGACAAUUCCACCCGCAUCCAUGGCAAACUGCACCCCAUGAUCGCCAUCAUUACGGUCGGGGAUUGCGAGCUCGUGGUCCUUCGCCGGGUACAUGGCAGUAGAUCGCCCUUGGAAUUGGUGUGUCAUACCGAGAUGCAACGGAUCGACGGCCACGCGCAGACACCGCUGCAGCUGGCACGGGUCGAUGAUCGAAUCGACCCCGAUUUCAGUGAGGAGUUAACACUGGAAGUCAUCGAACGCGGCAGCGCGGUGCAUUGCGUCUCCGCCUAUGAGGGUGACAUUGUCAUCAUGGGCAGCGAUGGCGUUUUCGACAACCUGUACCUAGAUGAGAUCAUGGAACUGGCCAACAACAUGCUUCCGCCGCACGCGGGCACAUAUCCAGCUGCUGCGCUGCAUGCCUUAUCUCAGCGCAUCGUGGAGCUCUGUCAUGCCAAGACUCGACCGAUGCCCAACGGACUUCUACCCGAUGCACCCAUCGGACGAGGAGGAAAGAAGGACGACACCUCAUGUGUGGUCGCGGAAGUGAUUGAAUGGACCAAAGACUUGCAGAAACUCUGGACUCCGAAGCCGAUGCCAAGCACUUGGCCCAGCUGGCUGCGAUCGCUUGGCCUGGGGCCUCCACAUGGCGUGGGCUCGAUCUUGAGCUUGGAUAGCUGUUGUGUGGCCUCCUACGAAUCCGACAACGAGUUGGACUGGCCCGAAGACCUUCCCCGCCGCCGCGGCAAGGCCACCCCUGCGGCUGCGUUUCAGCCGGAGGACGCGGGGAGCGCGGCAAGCGCGGCAAGCGCGGCGCGAGGCCUCAAUGGUUUCCGCCCAACCGACCCCAUGCCCGCCGCCGCGGCGCGCGGCGGCAGCGGCGGCAGCGUGCCGCGCUACAACGGCGUCGCGCCGCAGGCGGCGCCCCAGGCGGCGCCCCAGGCGGCACCUCGGGUUCCUCAGGCUCCGCAGGCGCCGCAAGCCUUUGGGAUGCCACAUUCCUCGGCGGCACCCUGGAUGGCUCCUAUGGCUGCACCUGGUCAUCCCUGCCAGAUGUAUCCCAUGACUGGCAGCCUUCCCCAUGGCUUCCCCGGCAGCUUCGUUCCAGCCGGCGCGCCGGGCGCGCCGCCGGGCGCGGCCGUGCCCUAC